AUCAGCAAGAACACAGAGGUUCUAUCCCUCAAGCUUCAUCACUCACAUCCAAUAGUUCACAGAAAAAAGAAAAAAGAAAAUUAGGUCGCAGCGGAGUGGAUCUAACCGCGCCGGCCUAAGUCACCGGCGACGGAAAAUCGGAACUGCGAGAACGAACCUACACCAUCUCCUCUCUCCUAAACGGAAUCGAAGACAAGCUCUCACCUAAACGAAUCAACGUUACCGCGUGAUGGCUCUGCGACGGAAUGCACCGACGACAAUGGCGAAGGCGACGGAUCGUCGGCGUCGAAUUCGGACUUAGAACUUUCUGGAAUUGGUGUGGAGUUGUGGCUCAUGGAAAGCAAUGGUGGUUGAGGCGGUUAUGGAGGAUUGAAGGUGAGGUUGCGAAAGAGAGAAAGAGAAAAGAAGUUCUUGAAGAAAUUGGAGAGAGGAGGAAGAAGAAGAAUCUGGAAAACGAGAGCGCUGCGUUUGCAAGCAGCUCUGAUGCAGCUUGCAUUUCCGUUUUUUCAGCUGUGGCUUAGAGCUUGCGGUUGUUGCUGUUUUGUUGGUAACACUAGCUUUAGUCACGUUUGGCUCACAUUUGUAUGUGACUUGUAGUUGCACGUUGGCUUUUCAGUUUGUAGAUUAUCGGCUCACUUCACUGCAUUUUGGAAGUCGUAGCUAUUGUUAGAGGAGCUGCUUUUGGAGCGCAUUUGGCCUACGUGUUUGCAUCACCUGAUGCAGUUUAGCUUUGUAGGCUUUUCGCUUUUCAUUUCGUAGCAGUACUUGGCCUUGUUGCGUUUUUAUUUUGCUCGCUUUUUGUUUGUAGCAGUACUUGGCUUAUUUUCACUGUGCGUUGCUGUAUUUUGAUAUUUUCCAAUUGGCUUUGGCGUGAAGCUUACAUCGCCGUUGUGUUUGGAUUGUAGCAGCUUGGAUGCCGUUGGCUUGUUGUAAUUUGACUUUCACUGCGACUUGCAGCUUAUUGGAAUUUUAUUAUUUCUUAUUGUUUAA